AUGGCGAAGGACAAGGAACGCUCCAUCAACCCCGCCCAAGCCCAACGACGGCUGGAGAAGGCGAAGGCCCUCAAAAAGGGUAAAGCUGAGGUCCAAGCUCGCCGGAACGAAAAGCUCGCGCGUCGCAACCCGGACCGGAUCCAGCGCCAAAUCGACAAUCUCAAAGCCAUAGAGGAGUCGGGGCAACCACUGAGGCCGACCGAGAAACAACACCUUGAAGAACUCGAGAGGAAUCUCCGCGCAGUCAAGAAGGCCAGAGAGGCGCUUGGUGAGAAGGCCCCGAAAUUUGGUGGAAGCGAAGCUGGACCGGGGACUCAUCCCCAUUCUGAUCGGGGAGGCCGUGGUGGUGGUGAUCGCGGCGGGGUUCUGGGGAAGAGAAGGCGGGAUGGCCAGGAUAGCGGCCGGUGGCGGCAACGCUAUAACGGUGAUAGCGAUGACAGCAGCGACACGGACGAGAGCGUUCGACGGAUUCCCAUGCCGAAAGACACUCCACCGCCCAUCCCUCGCCAGUAUCAUGCACCCCGCCGCGCAACCAAUGCAAAUAUGGAGCCCCUUGGUGAGGGUAGAGGGCGAGGGGAGACGCAUGGUACUGUCCCUGCUUCUAUCGCUUCUAUGCAACCUAAACCUGAGGCGAAAACGGUUUACGAAGCGGCACCAGUCAUCAGGGACCUACGGAAGGAAGCCGUACGUAAGUUUGUCCCGACUGCCGUGCGGAUGAAACAGGAUGCCGUCAAGGGCCAACCCGGCAAAUUGUUGGAGCCUGAGGAGAUGGAUCAACUUGAGCGAUCAGGUUAUUUACCGGGUGCUACGCAAGCUGGCCAACCUGGAUCGUUUGUUGAAGCCAGAACUGCUGGAAUUGGAACUGGCUAUCCCGCAAUAGACGCUACACUCAUUACAGACCCUGAUGCUUCAAAGACAAGAACCGUGCAAAUAGAGGACGUUGAGGAUGAGGAUAUCUAA